GUAAAACCUCUUCCAUCUCUCACAUCACCUUCUCCCGUAAAGAUCUUAGGUAAGCUAUUAUAUUUAUAACUAUUACUAUUAUAACUAUUGGUACUAAUCUGUCCAUAUAACCUCAUUCUUCUAUUUCUUUUUCAAAACCCAGAUGCUCUGACCUUGCCCUGUUUUUCUUCACUGAUAUACUCUGUUUUUCUCCUGUCCAGACAAUCUCGCAAAAGAGGCUCUCUGGUUUUCUUUACUCUGCAGUUAUCUGGGUUUUUAUAUUAAUGCUAUAUACUACUGUUACUAUUAUUACUACUAUUAUUCUUGUGUUCUUAAUGUUCAAGAUUCAUGUCUCCUGUUCUUAGCGAAAUCCUCCGUUCCGGAUUUAUAAUCAGUUCCUCACUCAGAAGAAGGACCCAUCUUGUUCAAUCUUUUUCAGUCGUCUUCCUCUACUGGUUUUAUGUCUUCUCAUAAACAAUUCUAGACCCAACCCAAGAACCCAAACUAAGCUUUUUCUUGAAAGAUAAUUAAAAAAAUAGGUUUGAACUUUGAAUCUAGUUCUAUUGUAAAUAACUAAAUAAAAUUAAAGAAGAAGAAGAAAAAUGGAUUCUUCAAGUGGGAAUUCAACGGGAAGCAUACAGAUGAACCGGAUCUCAGGGUGUGAAGGCGGGGACUUGGAGGAGAUGAUGAAAGAAAGGAAGAGGAAGAGAAUGGAGUCGAACAGAGAAUCAGCGAAGAGGUCGAGGAUGAGGAAGCAGAAGCAUAUGGAUGAUCUGAUAGCGCAGGCCAGGCAGCUGAGGAACGAAAACACCCACUUCCUUAAAAACAUCAAUCUCGCCACACAACAUUACCUUAACGUGGAGGCAGAGAAUUCUGUUCUUAGAGCUGAGGUGAUGGAGCUUGACCACAGACUUUCAUCUUUGACCAGAAUGCUCAGCCUGAGCAGCAGCUAUGGCGGAAUCUUUGACUUCCCGUCUGCUGAGAUUAUUCAUGAAUCUGGGCUUGAUGGUUUCAUGACUAAUCAUUUGUGGACGUGUCUGUUGAAUCAGCCCAUCAUGGCCUCUCUUGAUGCGAUGUUACAGUACUGAAUAUUGAUUGAAAUGGUCGAUCACCAUCACGGACGGAGUAUGAUUUGACUUUCCAGGGGAAGUGUUGUUUGUAAGUCUUCUUCAAAAAAAAGGAAUAAGUGUUUUUUUUUGUAAGUCUUCUUGAAAUGUUGUUGAAAUGUCAUAAAAGGAAUAAUGGAUUGUUAUAUGUUUGUCGGCAUAAAUCUCUGCCUUCUAACUUUUGUAAUAUUCAAAAAGUUUUAAAGGCUUCUAGCUGUGUGUUUGACAUGCC